CAAAUAAAAACUGAAGUGAUUGACCGUUUUGUUUUUGCUGCUAAGGUGGCUUAUGAGACAGGAUUUGAUGGCGUUGAGCUGCACGCGGCUCAUGGUUAUCUCCUCUCACAAUUCAUGUCACCUACAGCUAAUCAAAGAACAGACAGAUAUGGUGGAUCGUUGGAAAAUAGAUUCCGAAUUAUCGCAGAAAUUUAUCGAGCUAUCAGAAAAGAGAUACCUCCAACUACUGGCUUUAUUGUCGGCAUCAAAACGAACUCAGUCGAAUUUCAAGCAAAUGGUCUAACCAUCGAGGAUGCAAAGGAGGCUUGUUCCAUGAUUGAGAAAUGCGGAUUUGACUUUGUUGAACUUUCUGGUGGAACCAUGGAGAAAAUCGCGUUCCAUCAUCGUCGGGAAUCCACCAAAAAACGUGAAGCUUUCUUUUUGGAGUUUGCAGAGAAUAUCCGGCCAGUUUUCAAAGAUACUGUCAUCUACGUUACUGGUGGAUUCCGUACAGCUGAAGGAAUGGUGAAUGCCGUGAAGAGUGGUGACACGGACGGUAUAGGGUUGGGAAGACCCAUUACUGCUGAACCAGAUCUCCCACUGAAAAUUCUCAAUGGAGAAUGCUGGUCAGCUCCAGAUACCAAAGUGGAUCAAGAUGACUUUAAGAUGACUUUCUAUGUCAGCUCGGCGCAAAUGGGUGAAAUGUCCAAGUUACCAACGCGUGUUCUGGAUAAUGUCUGUGACGGAAUCGCCGAUCUCAGCAUACCGGAUGAGGCAAACAACUUCCAGAAAUAUAUCACAGAAACAUACGUUGAAGAUGUAAAGAAACUUCUUGAGAAGAAGACUCCAGUACACGGAGCGGUUCCGUACAAGCCCAUUUGUGUCAACUAAGCCUCAUUUACCUCGACUGUAAAGACGAAAUAAAUAGACGUUUAUCUUAAUGUGC